AUGCUCCCAACCUUCUCCCCCGCGCGCCCCUCCCCCCUCUCCCCCCGCCGCCAACAACAACCCCCCGCAGACCCCCAAACCCCCCAAUUCAACUUCUCCAGUCCACUCACCAGCACCACGCCCCUCCGCACCCCCUACACCUCCACCUACCCCUCUGUCUCUGCCUUCGGCUCCCCGGAACACCACCCCCGCCAGCAACAAGAACACCAAAGGGGGUUCACCUUCUCCUCCCGCUCCAAAUCCUCCGGCUCCCCCAGCUACGCGCAGCGCUAUGCAUCCACCAUCGCGAACCCAAUGGCCAAACAUACCUCGCCGUCUGCGCGACGCAGCCUGUUCCUGAACCGCGUGAAGCGCGAGCGCGAGGACGGGCGGUUCGAGAAUCGCGGCGAGCAGUUGGUGCUGAUGGAGCAUGUGGCGGAGGAGAAGCGGUGGGGGGAGAAAAACAUCGACCCGCACGCUCUGAACGAAUACAUGCAGUAUAUCCAGGAAGAAGAGGACGCGUUGGAUCUACGUAUGAAUAUGGCUAUGAGUGCGGAACAAGCACAGGCUCAGGGACACAUGAUGGGUGCGGGCCACCCGUCCCAUGGGCAUGGGUAUUAUGAUCCUGCUGCCGCUGCUGCUGCUGCUGCGUCGUUCAGCGAUGAGGAGUACGAUGAUUUGUUCAUGGAUCUGGCGGGAGAGCCGAGUCAGAGUCAGAGUCAUAGCCAUAGUCAGGAUAUGGAUAUGUCGUGAUUUGGCUCUGCGUGGUGCAGAUUCCGUGUUGCAUAUAGUUGCAUAUUCCAUGUUGCAUAUCGCAUACUCUACGGAGUACACUGUUCAUGUUUCUUGUUCUGGUUCAGGCGUUGGAUGGAUUGACGGGUGGAUCACAGUUGGUUGGUAAGUCGAUGGGCUGGUUGAUUACUUACUCUUGUCUGGGAUGGGAUAGGGCUUGUCGCGGGACGACGAUACAUAACUUUACAUAGUACACUUUUGUUUUUCUAGACAUAUCUAAUAAUGUU